GAAAGUUGACCAAAAAAAAAAAAAACAAAAGAUAGGGGAAAAAAAAAAUUCAUCUAGACAUUAAUGUAGAGGAUACAGAUUUAUCUAAGUUGCUUCCUAAAUCGUCUUCUUCCUCCAUCCUGUUAGGGUUUGUAGAGUUUGCACUUUGUCUUCAAUUCUUCACGCUCAUCGUUCUCAUCACCGGCCACCUAUAGGUCCUCGAAAUUUUUCUUUAUUUUUCAUCGAUACUCCAUUGUAUUAACCCCAAUUUUCCAUGUAUUCAACCAUACAAUAGAAAAUCGCAAUUCCUCCACGAUUUCCUUUAGAUUGACGUGUUCCAGCAAUUUAUGAAAGUACUGGGAUCUCCAAAUAGCCUUCUUUUGAUGCGAUUUAUAGCUAAUACAGUGGAAGUUCAGAGAACCAACAGACUCGACAUCUUUCACUUUAUAAGUACUCUUUUUAACAAAUUCAUACAGGGAAGACAUAUCACUAUCAGAGACAUUAUUGCCUAUUGACUUUUUGCAUGAGGUUAUGAUGGGGACUGAGCUUAUGAGAGUAUGUGUUAAAGAAGAUAAUGAUGAUUUUCCAUCAGUUCCACCAGGUUUUGAAUCAUACACAUCUUUCUCACUGAAGAGGGUAGAAAACAAUGAUAAACAAAAUGAUAAAAAUAUGACCAGUUCAGCCUCUACAAGUGCUUCUGAAUCACCUUCAACUCAGGUGGAAAAUGAUGUUCAAGUUUGUGAUACUGCAAAGGUUCCUAGAUCCCUUCGACGAAGACCAUGGAUUAAUUAUGGACAAUAUGAGAACUGUUCAGAUGAAGACUCUGACUGUGAGCCGCUUGAUCAAAAUUUUUCCUCAAGACCUUGUCUUCCUCGGGGAGUCAUCCGUGGAUGUCCAGAUUGCAGUAAUUGCCAGAAGGUUGUUGCCAGAUGGCGACCAGAAGAGGCUCGUAGGCCAAAUAUUGAGGACGCUCCUGUUUUCUACCCUACUGAAGAGGAGUUUCAAGAUACUUUGAAAUAUAUAUCAAGCAUUCGCUCUAGGGCCGAGCCAUAUGGAAUUUGUCGCAUUGUUCCACCGUCUUCUUGGAAACCUCCUUGUCCUCUCAAAGAAAAAAGUACAUGGGAGGGUUCUAAGUUUGCUACACGUGUUCAGAGGAUUGACAAACUACAGAAUCGUGAUUCAGUGAGAAAGAUGUCAAAGGUUCAAAGUAAUAUGAAGAGGAAAAGAAGAAGAUGCACAAGAAUGGGGGUGGAUAAUGGCACUAGAAGAGGACCUAAUGCAGGUUUUUGUGAAGUUGAAAGGUUUGGGUUUGAACCUGGUCCAGAAUUUACUUUGGAAACAUUUCAGAGAUAUGCCGAAGAUUUUCGGAUCAAAUACUUUGGAAAAAAUGAGAAUGUAUCUCAUUUGGGUGCUAAUUCAACAAUUUUAAAUGGUACCUUGGAGCCUUCUGUGGAGAACAUUGAAGGUGAAUACUGGCGAAUGGUUGAGAGUCCUACGGAAGAAAUUGAGGUGCUUUAUGGAGCUGAUCUGGAAACAGGGGUUUUUGGAAGUGGUUUCCCCAGCAAAUCUAGUCAUAUUGGUUCUGCUUCACAUGAACAGUACAUAAAAUCUGGCUGGAAUUUAAAUAACUUUGCAAGGCUUCCUGGAUCUCUGCUCUCUUAUGAAAGCAGUGAUAUAUCUGGUGUUCUAGUGCCAUGGUUGUACAUAGGAAUGUGCUUUUCCUCCUUUUGUUGGCAUGUGGAAGAUCACCAUUUAUAUUCAUUGAAUUACAUGCAUUGGGGAGCUCCAAAAAUGUGGUAUGGUGUCCCUGGAAAGGAUGCCUGCAAAUUGGAAGAAGCCAUGAGAAAGCAUUUACCAGAACUUUUUGAAGAACAGCCUGACUUGCUUCAUAAGCUGGUCACUCAGCUUUCUCCUUCUAUCCUGAAGUCUAAAGGAGUACCAGUUUUUAGGUGUGUUCAAAACCCUGGGGACUUUGUUCUGACAUUUCCUCGAGCCUACCACUCUGGGUUCAAUUGUGGCUUCAAUUGUGCUGAGGCUGUUAAUGUAGCCCCUGUUGACUGGCUGCCCCAUGGACAUAUUGCUAUAGAGCUGUACCAGGAGCAGGGGCGCAAGACUUCUGUAUCACAUGAUAAGUUGUUGCUUGGGGCUGCAAGGGAAGCAGUACGAGCCCAAUGGGAGCUUAAUUUGCUAAAGAAAAAUACUUUGGAUAAUCUACGAUGGAAGGAUGUUUGUGGGAAGGACGGCCUUUUGGCAAAAGCACUUAAGAUGCGUGUUGAGAUGGAGCGAGCAAGAAGGGAAUUUCUCUGCAGUUCUUCACAGGCAUUAAAAAUGGAGAGUACUUUUGAUGCUACAGAUGAAAGGGAAUGCAACAUUUGCUUUUUUGAUUUACAUCUAUCUGCUGCUGGUUGCCGCUGUUCCCCAGAUAGAUAUGCUUGCUUGGAUCAUGCAAAGCAGUUUUGUUCAUGCUCUUGGGAUUCCAAAUUUUUCCUCUUUCGGUAUGAUAUUAGUGAACUAAAUAUUCUUGUGGAGGCAUUGGAAGGAAAAUUAAGUGCAAUAUAUAGAUGGGCAAAAUUAGAUCUUGGGCUGGCACUAUCUUCACAUGUCUCAGCAGACAAGGGAACAGUACUUAUGGAAUUGAACUCGCGUUCAUCUAAUUUGUCUCAUUCUUCUAGAGCAACUGUGCAUAAAGAGACAGCUUUGCAUCCCUCAAAUAAAUUUAUUGACGAUUCUCAAUUGAUUGAUGUCCCAAUAGAGAAUCAAGCAAAUAGCAAAGAUCAUAGCCCUUUUCAACCAAGGAAAUCAGCUGAAUCUACUUCAUCUCUGAGUUCCACGAAGGAUUUGCUAACAUUUAAAAGCUCAAAACCUACAUGUGAGACAGCUAAUCAUAAGAUAUGUGUUAAUAAAGAAGAAUCUGUUAUUUGCAGAUCAAAGAUGAGAACCCCUGGCUGUCAAUUGUCUCAAGAGGAUACACCAAAUGCUUUAUCUCUGCCUCUUGCUCAACACGGAGGUGAAAAAAGUUCACUUUACAGACAUAAUAACAAUGUUAUACUUCUCAGUGAUGAUGAAGAUGAUGAAAAGAAGAUUCCCUAUUCAAAUAGAGGGAAGGAACUUCCUUAUAUGCUCGCAGGUCCUAGAGAUAAGGUGAGCCCAUGCAAUGAUAUAGAAAAUAAAAACUUGACAGUUUCUGUGACAGAUACUCCUAUGAUUAGUGAAAAGGAUGCUAUUACAUUGCCCCGUGAAAAUAUGAGUUCUGAUUCAACACGGCUUUUGCGUGUGAAAGAAGAAUGUCAUGAACACUCAGGAACAGUUCUGGCCUUUACCCCAGUAGAUCUUUCUUGUCAUAUAGGUCUUACAAGUACAGAAUCUGCUAGAAAUAUUCCAACGUCUUCAAAAGUAGAGGCCAGUGAUAAUUGUUUGGAGAUUUGUCCUCUGAAACCACAACAUUCUGGCAUUAAGGUUAAGACUGAAGAUAAUCAUGAAAAACUUGGAGGAUGUGCCACUUCUAAUGUAGCGGACAAUGCAAGAACGGCUAAUGGUAACUUUUCUUGUGGUCCAAAUAAUUACCGUCAGAAAGGUCCUCGGAUUGCAAAGGUUGUCCGGCGCAUCAACUGCAAUGUUGAACCAUUAGAAUUUGGGGUUGUGCUUUCUGGAAAGUCUUGGUGCAGUAGUCAGGCUAUAUUUCCGAAGGGAUUUAGAAGCCGCGUUAGAUACAUCAAUGUCUUAGACCCAUCCAGUAUGUGUUACUAUAUUUCAGAAAUACUUGAUGCUGGACGUGGUUGGCCUCUAUUUAUGGUUUCGUUAGAAAAUUGUUCAAGUGAGGCCUUCAUCCAUAUGUCAGCUGCAAGAUGUUGGGAACUGGUCAGAGAGAAAGUGAAUCAAGAAAUCGCAAAGCAACAUAAGUUGGGAAGAAAGGGUCUUCCUCCUUUACAGCCUCCUGGCAGCCUUGAUGGCUUUGAAAUGUUUGGGUUUUCUUCACCAGCAAUAGUGCAGGCUAUUGAAGCACUGGAUCGAAGUCGAGUAUGUAAUGAAUAUUGGGACUCAAGGCCCUACUCUCGUCCUCAAGGACAGAUUUCACAAACAUGCCAAACCAAUGGAAAUGCAAAUGGUGGAAAUAGUGACAGGGUUCUCUUGAAUAAGCCCACUCCCGUUGGAGUUGUUGCAGUACUAAGGAACCUAUUCAAAAAGGCCAAUGCAGAAGAAUUGAACUUAUUGUACAGCAUUCUUAAUAGGCCAGCGGCUGACACAAACCUAAUUGCGCAACUUCUCAAUGAAGAGAUUCACAAAUUACAACCGCCUUAGGCAAUUGAUUAUUUGGACGGUGUUGUUGUUCAUACGCCUAACCUUUUCUUGACGUGUAAAUUGUAGUCCCUCGCCGGUUGCACAUGCAAUUUCAUGCAACCUUAGUCUUUGAUUUUUUUUCACCUGAAUGGAGGUUAUAGAGAAAGAGAAAGGAAAAAAAAGGGAAAUAAAUUUAGGAAAAAGGAGGAGGGAGGGGGAGCCUAUUUCCCUUCAAAAUUUUGCUCUUGUCAAGUGGCAGCUGAGAUGGAAAAUUAUCAAGUGUCACUUUGGCUGUUUCGUGUGAAACUUGAAGGGCGAGGCUACCAGCCUUUAUAAUUGAUUUUGGUUCAUAUGUUGUACACACAGUUUGAAACAAUUAGGUUCAUGUUUAGAUUUGAUUAAUUAUUUUAGAAAAUAGCUUUUUACUCGUAUUAAGCUGUUUUCUCUAAAAAAAAAUACAUGUUAUAAAAAGUUUAUUUUUUUCA